AUGCAUUUCCACACUCUGGCACUGGUGGCUUGCUUGACGUUGGCGCAGGCUCACCCUGACGGGUGGUUUCCUUAUCGACUUCCAAAACGAGCUCUAGUGAACGCGAUUAUAUCGAUCGGAUCAAGCUCUGAUGACACCGCCGGAUCAAGCUCUAAUGAAGGCGCCGGGUCAAGCUCGAAUGAAGACGCCGGGUCAGACUGGGCAGACUGGUCAGAGUCCGAAACGACCACGUCCAAAGCGAUUGUCAGACUCCCGGUGACCAGCUCAUUGACCGCUACAACUAGCCCGAGGUUCGAAGUCCCUACAACGAGCACACCCGGUACCAGCUCCACCACCACAUCAAGUAGCCUGUCAGAUCCGACAACCUCAAGCACGACCUCGUCCUCCACAACGACUUCGGUGGUGUCUUCUUCGACAACCACAUCCGUCAGCCCGUUUAUUGAUGUGGUCACGACUUCGACGUCUACCACAACUUCAACAACGUCCACUUUGACAACAACAUCUGACCCCGUCACAACUUCUUCCUCUACCACGACUUCACUAACAACCACUUCGACAACUACCUCUGUCAGCACGCUUAUUGACCCCGCCAUAACUUCGUCCUCUACCACGACAGUAGGAACGUCUUCGACUACUCUUUCCAUCAGCCCAGAUGUCGAGAUUCCGACAAUUUCAUCAUCCACGACGACUUCAGUAACGUCCACUUCGACAACUACAUCUAGCAGCCCGGAUGUUGAGGCCGUUACGACUUCGACUUCGACCACGACCACGAGCUCGACCACCUUUUCCGUCGACACGCUUGUUGAAGACAUCCCGACCUCGACUUCAACUACUCCUACCGGCUCCACCGUGGCUGCCGAGACGGUCGAUCCCACUUCUAGUGAUAGCUCACCCGUCAAUGCAGCACCGACGACCACAAACGCGCCAAUAGCCUGGUCGGAGUGGGCCGAGUGGUCGAUGACAACCACUACCGUUUCAUCUGGUGAAGAAGUUGCCGUCAGCACCACUGUCGAGGAUACUACCUUUACGUUGACCAUGGGCUCUGGAGAGUCGGCUUCUGUCGUCACGACCACGAUGCAUCUGACCAGGACUUUGACCUUGACGAGCACCAUUUAUGCUACCAUCACUCGACCAUCCCCUAGCCCAGUGGGAGCUUCAGAUAACCAAGGGCCCGGAGUUGGGGACGACAACAAGGACGUCGCUGCGGCUAGCACAGAAACUCCCACAAGCCCCGAAGGUACCACCACCAUCACGUUACAGUCUACAGUUACCGAGACAGUCACUGUGGCCCCCGUAGAGACUGGUGCUGGCCCGGCUGGACAUGGCCGCCCACCUCCUUGCAGCAUUGCGUACGUCACCGUCACCGAGGUUUCGCAAAGCACCGUCACUGUCACGGCCACACCUUCUUCGGUUGAAGCCAUCGUCAGGCCGUCCGGGGCACCGGUGGAGGCGUUUGAGGUGUCGACUUCGGCGACGACAAGCUCGACUCCAAGCACAACCACCACCAUGACGACGUCGGCAGUCUAUGGGUUUGGUAAUGGCACCGAGACACGACAUGCCCGAGCGAGCUCAGGGUUUCUGACCAUGUCCAAGCAUGCCGCUCCAGUGGGCUUGAAGCCAUGA